AUUAGCUUUGCCAUCGUCCAGCCAUUGAGCACUAUGUUACUGAUACAGCUAUUAGUGUUUUAUGGCACUGUGAUCUCUGUAACGUCCGACAGAGCGUGUGAUGUUUGUAACUGUAGCGGUACAGUGGUGAAUUGUACUGGCCGGUCAUUAACAGAAAUCCCGACGGACAUUCCGGAGAAUACAACAAAGCUGUUCCUAAACGGCAGUCAAAUAAGAGACAUACCACAGACAGCAUUCCUCAGUCUAGUAAAUUUACAAUGGCUGUGGCUACAUGACAAUCAAAUAACAGAAAUACCACAGAGAGCAUUCUCCAGUCUCGUCAAUUUAGAAGAACUGUACGUGUAUUUUUCUUGUAAAUUUGAAGAAAAAAACCCAACAUAACGGGAUGAUCGUCUAAAAUUGAUACGUAAUACAAUAAUACAUCCAAAGGAUGCAUUUGAGCCUUUAUCACACGCAUGCACUAUCAAGUCAAUGUCAAUUUGCAAUCACAGUCUAUGAAUCUUAAUAACCAUAUUGACACCUACCAAUAAUUAAACAUGUAGUCAUUCAUGUUUGUUUCCUAGGAAAUUAUUUUCAAUGUAUUUUAAAGAGUUUUGGAAAUUUCAAUCAAAACAAUCGAUCGAUGAGGAACAAGAGCGAGCAUAGUGAGUACAAAUCAACUCUUGACGUUUCUAUGUUUAUUGUUGUCAAGAGAUAUACAGUUAAAUCCCGGUCCAGUUGGAGAUUAUCUAUGUAUUUGCUGUGAUAAAGAACAAAUUUUAAACACAAAAUUUGGACCUGGAAAGUUUGGGUGGAUCUGUGAUUAAUGUAUAGAUAUUUGUAGUGGAAAUUCCACCGUGGAUCCGAGUGUGAAUGAAAUUUUAACAACUUUACUUAGAGGUAUCAAAUUUGCUCAUGUUAACAUAUGUGGUAUUCUCAAUAUGCUUGACCAAAUCAAGAUUUUACUAAAAGAUGGAAUAUUUGAUGUUUUUGCUGUCACAGAGAGCAAAUUUGAUUGUCAUAUUUCCGAUUCUGAAAUUAAAAUCAAAGGAUACACUGUUAUAAAGAGGGUUCGUAAUCGGCAUGGAGGAGGUGUACUCAUGUUUAUUAAAGAAAAAUAGACUGCAAUGAACAUAAUUAUGCAAAGAUGAAAAUUUAGAAUUUUUGACAGUAGAUAUCAAACUUUUUAAUUCACCAAAAAUCAAUGUAGGAGUUGUUUACAGACCGCCCGAUUCCAACUCACAAUGAAUAGAAGAUGUCGAGGAGCGGAUGGAGGAUUUGUCAACUUCCUUUACCGAACAUGUGAUCAUGGGCGACUUCAAUAUAGACCAAUUAAAGUUUUAAAUCCGCGAUGGAAACAUGCGGUCUCACUCAAAUGAUAAACGGGCGUACCCGUGUGACGUGCGAUAGCAGUACGUUGAUAGAUCAUAUAUAUGUUAACCAUCCCGUGUUCUAUAGCUCCAGGGGAGUAAUGCCAAUCGGGCUGAGCGAUCAUCACCUUGUAUAUUCGAUACGAAAGAAAUUUCAAGCUGUUUCACCACUUAACCACAUUCAUGUAAAGUAUAGAGAUCAAAAGAAACUAAUUGAAAGAUAUUUUAUCAACGAUCUUAAUGCUGUUGAUUGGAACUCGCUGAAAUCAUUACCGGACAUCGAUAGCAUGUGGUCACCUUUCCAUUCUAUGUUCAUGACAGUUGUCAACAAGCAUAUGCCGAUAAAAGAACGACGUAUCCGCAGUGACUCUGAUAAGUGAAUAAAUGAUGAUAUUCUUUCAGAAAUGCGACAGAGGGAUAUAUUACACCGCCGAGCAAUAAAGUCACGUGACAAAUCCGACUGGAAAUUAUAUAAGACCGCAAGAAACAGGGUAGUGAACAAAAAUUAACAAUGCUAAACGUGAAUUUGUGGAAAGUGCAAUAAAUCAAGCCAAUACAAAACCAAAAGACAUGUGAAAAAAAUGAAACAAUUCUUACCAACGGAAUCGGCAACCGCUACGCCAACCUAUUUAGAAAUGGACCGGACAACCCGUUACAUAUACAAAAUACACGACCAAUACUUUUAACGACUUCUUUUGCGGCAUUGGACACAAACAUACAGAGAAAUUUGACAGUUCAUUACCUGAAAUUGAACAAUUAAUGCCUUUUAGCAUUCCAAAUAUUUAUUAAUUUUGUCAGAAAUGAAAUAAAUGUUAUGUCAAA